ACCAACGCGAUGCUGCGGGAACUUCACAACAGAGGAACCUACGCAAUCAAGUAAUAGCUAGCUUAAUAUUUGAGGCUCCAAUUUUAGUGCGUGUCAUUUUUGGACAUAAAUAUAUAGAGCUAACCCACAAGCUACAUCCCGUGUAUCGUAGUCGUUUAAUUCAGUUUAUGUCUAGGUCUGGCUACUCUGCUAGCUAGCUAAUCUGACUGGCUAACCAGUUGUCUAACAAACCAGUACGUUAGCAGAGCUUGACUAGUCUAAAGUACAUCUUCAGUCAGCGUAAAGCAUGAAUGAUUGCAUGGCUAUGCAAUUAUUUGAGCUGUUGAUGCAAACUAACUCCAGUGCCUAAAGUUACCGUCUUCUCUGCCAGCACCAGUGCACGAAUUAAACAUUUCACUAAAAGUCAGACAACCAUGGCAUUAACUGAGGUAGACAAUGGGUGCAAUGGGGAGGAUGGUGUUUGCGAGCCCGAAGUUAUUACCAAAACAAGCGUCCUAGGAGGGUUCAGCGAGAGCGCUGAGACCCGUGCCCUUAUAGCGAGUCUACCAGAGGCCUAUGGAGACAUGGUGUCAAGGGAGUCAUGUACAGAGAAAUUCCUGGUCAUCAUGGACCGUUACCAGGAGCAACCACAUCUUCUGGACCCUCAUUUGGAAUGGAUGUUGAACAUGCUGUUGGACCUUGUGAGAAGCGAGAAGUCUCCCCCUCUACUGGCCCAUCUGGGCUUUAAAUUCCUCUACAUCAUCUCCAAGGUGAGAGGCUACAAAGUCUUCAUGCAGCUGCUUCCUCAUGAGGUAGCCGAUGUCCAGCCAGUUCUGGAUCUCUUGUCUAGGCAGGACCCCAAAGAUCCAGAGACAUGGGAAACCCGUUACAUGCUGCUUCUGUGGCUCUCGAUGACCUGCCUCAUACCCUUUGACCUCUGCCGUCUGGAUGGUCAUCUGGACCCAGAAUCGGGUCAGGCCAGAGAGCCUAUUAUGGACCGCAUCCUUGCUAUCACCAAGUCUUAUCUCACAGUCAGUGACAAGUCCAGAGAUGCUGCAUCUGUUCUGGUAUCAAAGUUUGUGACUCGUCCUGACGUGAAGCUGAGGCGCCUGGGAGACUUCCUGGACUGGAGCCUCACUACCAUAUCCCAGGCAGAUGACCAGACCAUGGAGGGGAUAGUGGUGCUGGAUGGGGCUAUGCAAUCUCUGGCCCAGAUUUUCAAGCACGGAAAACGUGAUGAUUUCCUCCAGUAUGCCCCGACCGUGCUCCAGUGUCUGGACCAGCGGCGUCUGUCGGACAGCAGCCAGGCCAUGUUGAGGAAGCUGGGGAUCAAACUAGUCCAGAGACUGGGCCUCACCUUCCUCAAACCACGCCUCGCCAAGUGGAGAUAUCAAAGGGGGAACCGUUCGCUGGCAUCCAACUUGUCUCGGAGUCCGUCGACGUCGACCGCGGACCCCGCAUCCCCCGUCGUGGAAGCUCAGGAUCGGGAGGAGGACUACGACAUUCCCGAGGAGGUGGAGAACGUCAUUGAGCAGCUGCUGGUGGGGCUGAAGGAUAAGGAGACUAUCGUCCGCUGGUCUGCAGCUAAAGGAAUUGGGAGGGUGACAGGAAGGCUUCCUAAGGAACUGGCUGAUGAAGUGGUUGGAUCAGUGCUGGACUGCUUCAGUUUCCAGGAAACAGACAAUGCCUGGCACGGGGGAUGCCUGGCGCUGGCAGAGCUGGGCAGAAGAGGCCUGUUGCUUCCCUCCAGGCUCUCAGAUGUGGUUCCGGUCAUCCUGAAGGCGCUGACCUACGAGGAGAAGAGGGGAGCGUGCAGCGUGGGCGCCAACGUGCGCGACGCGGCGUGCUACGUGUGCUGGGCCUUCGCCAGGGCCUACGAGCCGGUCGAGCUCAAGGCCUACGUCAACCACAUCGCCUGUGCUCUGGUCAUCACGGCUGUGUUCGACAGAAACGUCAACUGUCGCAGAGCUGCAUCGGCUGCUUUCCAGGAGAAUGUUGGAAGACAGGGAACCUUCCCUCACGGUAUUGACAUCCUAACAGCAGCUGAUUACUUUGCCGUGGGGAAUGUGACCAACUGCUACCUGUCCAUCAGCGUUUACAUCGCCAGCUUCCCAGAGUACACCAGGCCAAUGAUCCAGCACCUGGUAGCCAUAAAUAUCAACCACUGGGAUGGGGUGAUAAGAGAGCUAGCGACCAAGGCCCUGCAUAACCUGACCCCUAGGCAGGCUCCAGAAUACAUGGCCUCAACGGUUUUGCCUCAACUGUUGCCAAUGGCGAUGGGCAUCGACCUCCACGGUCGUCACGGAGCCAUCCUGGCCUGUGCUGAGAUCAGCCACGCCCUCUACAAGCUUGCCGCAAACUCCAACAGGCCCUUGACUAGCUUAAUAUCCUCAGAGUGUGUGGAGGGACUGAAAACCAUUCACCAGAAGCUGUUUGACAGGAAGCAGUAUAGGGGUUUUGGUGGAGAGCUGAUGAGACCGGCAGUCUGUACACUGAUUCAGAAGCUGUCCCUCUCCAAGAUGCCCUUCAAGGACGACCCUGUCAUCGCUGGCUGGCAGUGGCUGAUUGACGACAGCCUGAAGAGCCUACACCUCCUCUCCAGCGGAGUUCGGGACGGUGUGAAGGAGGCAGUGGUGCAGGCCCUGGCUGCCCUGUGUGAGGAGUACUACCAGGUCCAGCCCGGCCAGGCUGAUGCUCAGAUGCAGGAGGUGCUGGUGGCCCAGUAUAUCGAGUCUCUGAAGAGUCCGGAGGUGCUGACUCGCUGUGGCGCUGCGCUGGCCCUGGGCACCCUGCCUAGAUUUAUGAUCCACGGCAAACUACAGCCGAUCCUGGAGGGUCUCCAGAAGGCAUGCGUCAUCACCCCGAAAGAAGUGAGCUUCACAGAGGCAAGGAGGGAUGCCAUCCGAGCCACAGCCCAGGUGUGUGUGAAGGUCGGCGUGUGUGUGAAGGGUUCGGCCGACUCGGCGCUGUGUGCCGAGAACGUGACGGAGGUGUACGCCGCUCUGUUGGACUGCAUGAGGGACUACACCACCGACAGCAGGGGAGACGUCGGGGCCUGGGUCAGAGAGGCAGCGAUGACCAGUCUGAUGGAGGCUACUCUCCUGGUAGCCAGCCACGCCCCGGAGCUCCUCGAGCCACAUCUCGUGAAGCGCAUGAUGUGCUGUCUGGCCCAGCAGGCAGCAGAGAAGAUCGACCGCUACAGAGCUCACGCUGGCUCCGUCUUCCUGCGUCUCGUCCACAGCUCCCAGCCCGCAGUACCACACAUCCCCCACCGGGAGGAGCUGUUGAGCAUCUUCCCCCUGGAGGAGGCGGAGAGCCUGAACUGGAAUGCUCCCUCCCAGGCCUUCCCUCGCAUUACCCAGCUCCUUCACCUGGCCCAGUACCAGUACCACGCUCUGCUGGGCCUCACAGUGUCUGUGGGCGGCCUCACCGAGUCCACGGUGCGUUUCUCCUCCCAGUCACUGUUUGACCACCUGAAGGAGAUCCAGCAGGACAGGGCCGCCUUGGGCCAGUUUGAGAACACACUGCUGUCCAUCUUCAGAGACCACCUCCACAAUGACCGGGUUUCUAUCCCCUUCCUGAAGAUGCUGGACCAGAUGUUGGCCAACAGCUGUUUCGAGAUCUUCACCUCGGAAGAGGAUCACCCGUUUGGUGUGGACUUGCUCGCUCUCUGCAAAGAGGAGAUCAGGAAGUCCAAGGAUGUCCAGAAGUUGCGCUCCUGUGUGGCUGUGUUCUGUGGGAUGGUCCAGUUUCAGGGGGAGAUCAGGAGGAAGGUUCUGUUCCAGCUCCUGUUGCUCCUCUGCCACCCGUUCCCUGUGAUCAGGAAAUCCACGGCCAGCCAGGUGUACGAGAUGCUGCUGACCUACGACGAUGUCAUCGACCCCUCAGUGCUGGACGAUGUCACGACUCAGCUGAGCGACACCAACUGGGAGAGUGACAUUGCCACGGUGAGGAGCCACAGGAACCAGAUCUGUGAGUUGUUAGGGGUUCGACCACCCCAGCUGGUCACCAAGAGCCAUGUCCAGUAGUGCACGAGACACGUGCCUUCUCUCGACGGACACAACACAAACCCAGAAGGAAGACCUAUGCAUGACAUGGCACUUCCUGUAGCUGUCUGUUGACCCGAGUGCACUGGUCCAUCUGUCUGCCUGAACACAGAACAUUUAGAAUAAGAACAAGGUUGGCUCUGUUUAACUUAUCAUUGUCACGUCAUAGUCAUUGAAUAAACACAUGAAAAA